CAUAGCACUGCUUUCAUUACCAUACAUCCUUCUGCAUCCCAACUUGUUCAUCACGCAGUUCUAAUACCAAAUGGCGGGUCGGCUUCGAAGGAUUCAAAAGGAAAUCGCUGACUGCCAGCGGGACCAGGCGUCGCAUAUCGAUCUGAAGCUAGUCGAGGAUAGCAAUAUCAUGCACAUGAAAGGCCGUUUUCCAGGUCCUGAGGGAACGCCAUAUGAGGGCGGAAUGUUCCAAGUAGAUAUCGUUCUUUCCGACACCUAUCCGUUCCAACCACCCAAGGUCAAGUUUGACACGAAAAUAUACCAUCCCAACAUCAGCUCUCAAACGGGCGUGAUCUGUCUUGAUAUCCUCAAGAACCAAUGGUCUCCUGUCCUGACAAUUUCCUCGACUUUACUUUCGGUUCAAUCCUUAUUGUGUACUCCCGAGCCAAAUGACCCCCAGGACGCGCAAGUAGCGUCUCAAUAUCUGAACGAUUAUCCUAUAUUUCUGGAAACGGCCCGGUUUUGGACAGAAUGCUACGCCAAGCCCACAGAGGACGACCUUCUCCACUCUAAGCAUGCGCCACAACUUCGGCAGCGGCUGAACGGAGGUUCCCAAAGCAGCAAUGGGGCAGGCACGACUAUGAUGACGGGUGGAUCAGUGUACCAAGAUCAGCAGCGCCCAGCAUUUGUCGCAUAUCCUGUAGAACCAGUGUUGACAGAGGAAGAAUUGGAGAAGCGGCGCAAGGUCCAGAAUCUGGUGGAGAUGGGCUUCCCUGCUGACAGGGCACGCACGUUCUUGAUCCGAGCGAAAUGGAAUACAGAAGUUGCUUUGGAGGACUUGCUGAGCAACUCUUGAUGAAAGGACAUUAUUAGUACCAGAUAAAAAAAAAAAAGAUAAAAAAAAAAAGAGAUAUUGAUAGCAAGGACGAUCAAGAACAACAGCAACAACAACAUGAGGAUGACUAUCAUUAUCCUCAACGUCAACGAUGGCUUUAUAUUUUUUUAAAAAAAGAAACCAACGACGAAAGACGCAUUGACUUGAGCUGAGCGCAUGAAGGGCUAUAUCUGGGAUACAUAAUACGAUUUUAUCUGCUAAUGCGUGGGUACUUUUACGUGUACGAACAAAUACACCCUCAAAUAAAAAUAAAAAUAAAACAAAAUAAAACAAAAGCAAACGGUCUGUCUAUAGG